AUUCGCUGACAAAUCCCAUCACACUUUACUCCCUAGAAACAAAAUAAUUCUGGCAACCUUCCCACCACCACCCCCGCCAUCAUCAAGCCACCACCAUAAACUGGUACAACAGAUCAGGAACCAAGUAUCAUCCCACUUUCAUCCUGGUCCCCCGCCACCAUGUCAAGCUCCAGCGACCUCGAAAGCUGGUCCAUUCCGCGACUCAAACGACUCCUCCCCCUCGACGACACAUCACUCGGCGAAAUCAUCACGUAUACAGCAACCCUCUCAAAACCCGCCGCGGCCGAACAUCUCAAGAACCUGUUAGGUGAUGACGGCCCUGCACUGGAAUUCAUCGCUAGUUUCAACUCACGGAGAAAGGCUGGAGAUGGCGAACCUAUCAGUAGAGGGGGUUCUUCUAUGACGGGUUCGGGUUCAGGUGGGAAUGAUCGUCGUGGAGGUGCUAGUGGUAAUGGUGGUAACAAUGAUGAUGAUGGACAUGUUCCUGCUCGGAAACGUGGCAGUGGCGGCGCGAAGAAAUCCAAAUCCAAUCUUCAUUCUGCUGGGCCUGUCAGAGUUCCUGAAGGGUAUGGGGAUGUGACUGGUGGGUAUACGAAACAGUAUGACGGUGGUCGGGAGAAAGCACAUGAGAAGUUCGCGAUGGCUGAUACUCUGCAUCUUCCUACGGUUUCCAAUGCUGGGGUGACUGGAUCGGUGGGAUCAUCACGAGAUGUUUCGCCUGCACCAGGAAAGAAUGCUGGAGGAGCCGCAAAACUCCCACCUUCCGCGUCGGGCAAUCUUAUCAGUGAUUUUGGAUUUGCAAAUGUGCGAUCGAAGCAGGCGAAGAAACCACAAGGACAUGCAAGUCAUCAGCAAUUCCAUUCAUCUGGCUCACAACCACAUUCAGGCACAUCGACGCCUCAAUCAGGUGGCAAGGCUACGACGACAACCACAACAAGUAGUAUUUCAGACCUAACGGCAGCGAUCGCGGCACUCGAAUUAUCGACCAAUCCAUCCCUCUCAACCCAUCGACGGAAAUGCACCUGCAACGCCUCGAUCCAUCCCCUCUUCACCACCGCGCCGAAUUGUCUCAACUGCGGAAAAAUCAUCUGUGCUCUAGAAGGACUACAGCCGUGUUCAUUCUGCGACGCCCCCAUCCUGACUAAAACCCAAGUCCAGGACAUGAUUCGAGCACUCAAAGACGAAAGAGGCAUUGAGAAAAUGGUGGCGCAUAACGUUGGACAACAAUCCCAACAUUCCCAUUCAGGCCGAGGUACACCUACAAUGACACCGUUUGGUGGUUCAGGCACUCCAAACGACAGUGGUGAUGAAGCUAUUGCACGUGCGACAGCGCAUCGUGAUAAACUUCUCGCGUUUCAGCGGGAAAAUGCACAGAGGACGAAGAUUCACGACGAGGCAGCAGAUUAUGAUACUACUUUGACCGCAGGUGCUACUCAGUGGAUGACGCCGUUGCAGAGAGCUGCUGCGCUUAAGAAACAGCAGAAAUAUCUGAGGGAGAUGGAGGAGGCGAAUAAACCGGAAUGGGAGAAGAAGAGGACGGUGUUGAGUGUGGGGAUCAAGAAUGGGAAAUUGGUCAGAACGUAUGAGAAGGCGCCGAGGGAGAGGGAGAAGGAGAACGAGGAGAUGGGUGGUGAAGGUGAAGGUGAUAUUGAUGAUGACGCUGGUGGUGGCGUUAAACAAGAAUUGAGUGUUGGAAGGACUGGCAAAGGGGCUUUCAGUGAUAAUCCAUUGUUGGCCAGUGGAAAGCUGAUCAGACCUCUAUGGAAGGCUCCUGAAGGCGAAUCAGGCGGGAAAGGAAAAGGAAAAGAUCAAGACAGAGAGAGACCAAGUGUGUGGAGACGAGUGCAGGAUGAUAAUGAAGAUAACGAGCAGUGGAUCCUGACUGGUGGCCUACAUGGGUUUGGUGUUGAGGAUAGAAAGAUGGAGGAUGGAAGUUAGCAGGAAUGUGGAUAGAUUGGAGAUAG